AUGGGUUGGGGUGGAUCUGUGGAGGGAGCCCCGGGAUCCGGGGCAGUCUGGACCGCCCAGUCUGACCCCCAGGAGGUGAGGGGGAGGGAAGGGCCCAGCCAGGAGGCCCCCAAAACCCCCCGGGGGGCCAUUUAAACCCCGGGCCCCCCAAAGCCCCAGCCCAAGGGGGACCAGGGGGGUAGAAGGGAAGAGGAGGGGGGCCCUGAGAGGGGAUAACAGGAAGGGGAGCAGGAAUCUUCAGACCUAAGUAAUUUUUCAGCAUAUGGGCCCUAGUUCACACCUUUUUUGGAAUAACGUUUUUAUUGUUAUUUUUUUACCUUGUGAUUUUUUUUCAAUUUUCUACUAUUUCCAUUUUUUCUCCUCAUUUUUGGGGAAGGGGCCUGUUAGUAACUUUUCAGUUAGCGCCCCUGUUGUUUACGAAACAUGUGAAAAUAAAGUGUUUUAUUUGUACCUAAAGAGUCAAGAGUAGGAUUUUACAUAACAAAAAUAAUUUAAAGACCGGAAUCAGUAUGAGAUGCUUUUUUGGGCUUAUCACAGUUUUGAAACCCUGGCAUUUUUGAAACCCCGCCGUGGGCUUUUUCAUCCCUUGGGGUCUUUGAAAAGAUGGGAGGAGGGGAAAAAAAGGUAACCCCCCACAAGAUUUAAAAUUCCAUGCUAAAAAAUGGGGACUACGUUUUCUGAAAAAACACCCUUUUUAGAGCAAAAAAAGGGGUUUAAAAGGGGGGGGGCCCCGGGGCCCCAAAAAAGGGGGGGGGGACGGGGGAGAGGGGGAAAGGGGGAGAAAGGGGGAGAGAGGGUUAGAGGGAGAAAAGCAGAGGAGGGGGGCGGGGGCGGCGAGGGGGACGCCGGCCCGGGGACCCCGGGGGGGGGGACCCGGGGAAACCCCCCGGGGGGAGAACCCCGAGGGGGGGGCCCCGGGGGCCCCCGAAGCCCUGGGCCCCCAAAAGGGGGGGGCCCCCCAAAAAAAAAAAAAAAAAAUUUGGGGGGCCCCCCCCCCCCCCCUUUUUUUUUUUUUUUUAAAAAAAAAAAAAAAGGGAGGGGGACUUCCCUCUAUUGCCAAAGUUCUUUUUAAAAAAAGUUUACUUCUAUUUUGUCCGGGGGCCCCUCAACCCCCAAACCCCUUAGCCCAAAAGGGUUUUUUAAUUUUUCUUCAAAAAGAGAGCUUUAAAAACGCCCCCCGUGUCCUUUUUCGGUUUAAAGGGGGUAAAUAAAGUUGUUUGAAGGGGGUUUAUAUGUUACCCACCUUUCCCCCCUCUGUUUUCGUUCCCCCCCAGGUGGGUUUUUCCCCUUGGGGGGACUGGACAAGUUCCUUGACCCCGGGGCUCCUCCCCCCAAUGUCCCCAAAAACCCCCCCGGCGGCCGGGGCCCUUACCCCCUGGGGGCCCGUCCAGAUGCCCCCCCCCCCCCCCCCCCCCCCCCCCCCCCAACUCCUUGGGGCCCCGGGGAUUUAGACCUCCCUCCCUCGGUCUCCUGGGGUCAGCGCUAAACCUGAGAGCAGGUAGGCUAUGGCUAUGCAUCAUUAUAAACACACUCGCAUUUCCCCAAAUCUCCGUUGAUAGAGCCCACAAGGCUAAUUUGAGUACAUUUACAUUUACAUUUUAGUCAUUUAGCAGACGCUCUUAUCCAGAGCGACUUACAGGAGCAAUUAGGGUUAAGUGCCUUGCUCAAGGGCACAUCGACAGAUUUUCACCUAGUCGGCUCGGGGAUUAGAACCAGCGACCUUUCGGUUACUGGCACAACGCUCUUAACCACUAAGCUACCUGCCGCCCAGUAUAACAGUGAGUAUAACAUUGAGUAUAACAGUUACAUUUACAACAUCCGUAGAGCUGCUAUCAGCCUUAUGUCAUUAACGGCCAGAUACAUGUAUUCCUUGAUGGCUGUCGACUAUAGUUUGAGUCCUGGACAUUGUGUGAUCUUGAAUUUAUAGUUAACAAACUUGUUAAGUGGUCCUCUCUGUCUGGCUCUGUGUCCUAGAUGGUGUCCCUUUGACCUCUCUGUCUGGCUCUGUGUGUCCUAGAUGGUGUCCCUUUGACCUCUCUGUCUGGCUCUGUGUGUCCUAGAUGGUGUCCCUUUGACCUCUCUGUCUGGCUAUGUGUGUCCUAGAUGGUGUCCCUUUGACCUCUCUGUCUGGCUAUGUGUGUCGUAGAUGGUUGUCCCUUUGACCUCUCUGUCUGGCUCUGUGUGUCCUAGAUGGUGUCCCUUUGACCUCUCUGUCUGGCUCUGUGUGUCCUAGAUGGUGUCCCUUUGACCUCUCUGUCUGGCUCUGUGUGUCCUAGAUGGUGUCCCUUUGACCUCUCUGUCUGGCUCUGUGUGUCCUAGAUGGUGUCCCUUUGACCUCUCUGUCUGGCUCUGUGUGUCCUAGAUGGUGUCCCUUUGACCUCUCUGUCUGGCUCUGUGUGUCCUAGAUGGUGUCCCUUUGACCUCUCUGUCUGGCUCUGUGUGUCCUAGAUGGUGUCCCUUUGACCUCUCUGUCUGGCUCUGUGUGUCCUGGAUGGUGUCCCUUUGACCUCUCUGUCUGGCUCUGUGUGUCCUAGAUGGUGUCCCUUUGAGUCCAGAUGCUCUGAGGAACCUAGAGGCUUGUCCGUUCUGCCAGCGUACCUUCCACCGAGGAGGGUCCCUACGCCAGCACAUCAGGUUUUGCCACGAGUGGGAAGGCGGGCACUAUAGGGCUCUGAUGGAACGACACAUGCACAGUCAGGGACAGGGCAAGGUGAGACACUGGAAGAAAUAUAAAAAUCCCAUUCCUUUUUGAGUCCACCUACUACAAAGGGGCCACUCGUUUUAAGGUCUUUCGAGACUGAUAUGACCAGCAAUCUAAUGACUCCAAAAAAAGUGUUAUGUUAGUUCAUAUACAGUGCAUUCGGAAAUUUAUUCGGACCCCUUGACUUUUUCCACAUUUUGUUACGGCCUUAUUCUAAAAUGGAUUAAAUUGUUUUUUUUCCCCUCAUCAAUCUACACACAAUACCCCAUAAUGACAAAGCAAAAACUGGUUUUUAGACAUUUUAACAAAUGUAUUACAAAUAAAUAACUUAAAUAUCACAUUUCCAUAAGUAUUCAGACCCUUUACUCAGUACUUUGUUGAAGCAUCUUUGGCAGCGAUUACAGCCUCGAGUCUUCUUGGGUAUGACGCUACAAGCUUGGCACACCUGUAUUUGGGAAGUUUCUCCCAUUCUUCGCUGCAGAUCCUGUCAAGCUCUGUCAGGUUGGAUGGGGAGCGUCGCUGCACAGCUAUUUUCAGGUCUCUCCAGAGAUGUUCAAUCGGGUUCAAGUCCGGGCUCUGGCUGGGCCACUCAAGGACAUUCAGAGACUUGUCCUGAAGCCACACCUGCGUUGUCUUGGCUGUGUGCUUAGGGUCGUUGUCCUGUUGGAAGGUGAACCUUCGUCUCAGUCUGAGGUCAUGAGCGCUCUGUAGGUUUUCAUCAAGGAUCUCUCUGUACUUUGCUCCGUUCAUCUUUCCCUCAAUCCUGACUAGUCUCCUAGUCCCUGCUGCUGAAAGACAUCCCCACAGCAUGAUGCUGGCACCACCAUGCUUCACCGUAGGGAUGGUGCCAGGUUUCCUCCAGACGUGACUCUUGGCAUUCAGGCCAAAGAGUUCAAUCUUGGUUUCAUCAGACCACAGAAUCUUGUUUCUCAUGGUCUGUCCUUUAGGUGCCUUUUGGCAAACUCCAAGCGGGCUGUCAUUGCCUUUUACUGAGGAGUUGCUUCCAUCUGGCCAAUGGAAACAGGAUGCACCUGAGCUCAAUUUCGAGUCUCAUAGCAAAGGGUCUGAAUACUUAUGUAAAUAAGGUAUUUCUGUUUUUUAUUUUAAAUACAUUUGCGCACACACAAAAAAAACAUGUAUUUUUUCUUUGUCAUCAUGGGGUAUUGUGUGUAUAUUGAUGAGGAUUUUUUUUAUUUAAUCCAUUUUAGAAUAAGGCUGUAACAUAACAAAAUGUGGAAAAGGUCAAAGGGUCUGAAUACUUUCCGAAUGCACUGUAGUUUGACUGUAGAACAGGCAUGAUAUGCAAUCUCCGAGUUGACUGUCAAUCUCCUGUUGACUAGAACUAGACUGAAUGUGUGUUUGUGAUUGGUGCAGCACCCUGGGUCUGACCAUGGCAUAGAGAGCAGAAAGUUCAAGUGUCUUCAGUGUGGGAAAUCCUUCAAGUACAAACAUCACCUCAAAGAGCACCUCCGCAUCCACAGUGGUAAUGCACGUUUUCUUACAUGAAACAUUCAAAAUCAAAUCUUAUCGAUUUUAUGUUAAAGCAAUAAGACAUGAGAACCCGUGGAUUAUGGUAAAUAACACACGACUAAGGACUGUUCUUAGGCACGACGCAAAGCACCUUCAACUGAAGUUCCGUGUCGGUUCUUCCUUCUUUAGGUGAGAAACCGUAUGAAUGUUCCAACUGCAAGAAGUGCUUCUCUCACUCCGGAUCCUACAGCUCACACCUCAGUAGUAAGAAGUGCUUGACAGGGGGAGGAGGAGGAGGUGGAGGGGAGAGCUAUAACAGCAGACAUAGCCACGGGACCUACCAGUCCUCCACUGCAUCACCCUCAGCAGGCAGCGGUAGGAACAGCAGUGGAAAGGGCUCUCCCUACCCUCUUCACACCCAGCAGCGUCAGCCACCAGGGGACUUAGAGAGGGGGCUGUACCCACCUGGGGACCAGGCCAGGGGGGUCCUCCGGGGCCAGGAGCUGGGCAGGGAGCUGGGCAGGCUGUGGGAUCCCACGGCGGCGCUCUCCCUCCGGAACAGCGUGUUCAAGGGCACCACCCUGCUACCGUACCUACAUGCCAGCUCCGGGGGCAAGUUUGAGCAGAUGCUGCAGGAGAUGCUUCACAGGGAGGAGGGAGGUGUAGGCUCGGCCAGGGAGGAGGGGAGACUGGUGAUUCACAACGGUGGGCGAGACAGGAAGGCAUCAUCGCCAGAUUAUCCAAAACCGCUGAAACGCAACCGGGCCGGCUCGGGUGAGGGGUAUGGGGGUGGAGGUGGGGUGACAUGUCACUGGUGCUCCCAGCUCUUCCCCAGCCCCACCGUAUUACUCCAGCAUGAGCGCUACCUCUGUAAGAUGAACCGGCAGGCAAUGGAGGUGCCUGAAGGUCCUCGCAGCAAAGACCACCUCUCUCCCCUCUACUUCUCUUCCAGACCCCCUCUCCAGCCACCCCCACCAGACAACAACCACAAACCCCCAGCGAUGGCUAAUGGUUUCUCCAAAGACAAGUCUCCUCUCCAGAGACCCAGCUGGCACUCUGUCCCUCUGGAGAUGCUGGUCACCAUGCACUCCCCCCUACAGCCCCUCCCAGAUUCACUAUCCAUGAGAUCCUAUUGGUCUAGCCAGGAGAGUGGCGGGAGUGGCGGCAGCCCCAGCCAACCAGCACCAACUAACCCUGCUACAGACAUGUCCUCACCGCUACCACUAGGGCAAAGACAAUUCCCCUCUUCAGGGUUCGACUCGCCCCUCUGCCUGGACCUUUCCUCCACCACUCUCACCCCCCCUUGGAGUCGAACCGCCCCCAAAGGAAGGACCCCUGGGUCGGGGAGCGCCCAGAACGACCAACCCCUGGAUCUCUCCCUCCCCAAGCCCCAGGAGGGGAAAGCCCUGGAGGACAGCAUGCCCAGUAACGGACACCCUCGUCCGGGAGAAAAGAGAGAGAAGACCUACAGAGAGCCAGCAGAGAACCAGCAGCACCACCGGAGGCUGAGUCUCAGUCCACCUUGUCAACAGGUGUGGGACAGGAGGGGUAUUAUUUAUGUCUGGCUGUGUGCUGUUUGUUAUUUACUGUGUCUCUAUACGGUGUAUGUAUUUGCAAUGUGUGAGCUGUGGUAAGAUUUUACUCUUUUAGGACAAUAAACGUCAAUCUAAUCUAAACUAAUCUAAUCUCACCAGCAUCAAGCAGUCUACAGUGGCACUCCGAUGUUUGAGGGCUCCAUCUACAGUGCAUACCCUCUGUUUAACCCCAUGAUGCCUGCUGGGCUAGCUGGCUUAGGGCAUGACGAGGUCCCCUCCCUGCCCCUCAGUCAACCAGCCAGCAGUCAGCGAUUCCUCUCCCCUAUGCCCUACAUGAUGGAGUCAGACACAGACGCUGUGCUGAAGAGGAUCCAUCAGGAGAGACAAGCAUUCAUGGUAAGAACAAUAUUUCCCCUAGAUGUUAUGGUAUAAAACAUUUCAUUGGUAUAAAGUUUAUUUCAAUUCAAUCACAGUGCAGAGAAAGACGUUUUCAAAUGUAUUUCACUAGAAUUAACUGAAGCUAGAGAGAAAACAACACUGACAUCCUCUGAACAGAACCAGAUCAGAACCCCCUAACCAUUAGUAUUGUGUUCAGGGUGAGCUGAUGGGUUGUGGGGGUCUGGAUUACCUCUCUCUGAUGGAGGAGGGAGGAGAGGGAGAGGGGAGACUACGGAGGAAGAGACUGAAGAAGACAAACGAAGGCCUGUACGCCUGCAACAUCUGCAACAAGACCUUCCAGAAGAGCAGCUCUCUGCUCCGACACAAGUACGAGCACACAGGUACACAGCGACAUUUAUACAAAUUAUGAAGCAUAAAUUAUACGAAGAGCUCUGUUUAAUCAGUAAUGCUUCAGCAGAUUCCUGUGAUAGAAAUGUAAAUGUAAUUUUCCGAUUGAUCCAACGUACAGUGGCUUGCGAAAGUAUUCACCCCCCUUGGCAUUUGUCCUAUUUUGUUGCCUUACAACCUGGAAUUAAAAUGGAUUUUUGGGGAGUUUGUAUCAUUUGAUUUAUACAACAUGCCUACCACUUUGAAGAUUCAAAUAUUUUUUAUUGUGAAACCAACAAGAAAUAAGACAAAAAAACUGAAAACUUGAGCGUGCAUAACUAUUCACCCCCCAAAAGUGAAAAUUCUUUGUAGAGCUACCUUUUGCAGCAAUUACAGCUGCACGUCUCUUGGGGUAUGUCUCUAUAAGAUUGGCACAUCUAGCCACUAGGAUUUUUGCCAAUUCUUCAAGGCAAAACUGCUCCAGCUCCUUCAAGUUGGAUGGGUUCCGCUGGUGUACAGCAAUCUUUAAGUCAUACCACAGAUUCUCAAUUGGAUUGAGGUCUCGGCUUUGACUAGGCCAUUCCAAGACAUUUAAAUGUUUCCCCUUAAACCACUCGAGUGUUGCUUUAGCAGUAUGCUUAGGGUCAUUGUCCUGCUGGAAGGUGAACCUCCGUCCCAGUCUCAAAUCUCUGGUAGACUGAAACAGGUUUCCCUCAAGAAGUUCCCUGUAUUUAGCGCCAUCCAUCAUUCCUUCAAUUCUGACCAGUUUCCCAGUGCCUGGGAAACAUCACCACAGCAUGAUGCUGCCACCACCAUGCUUCACGGUGGGGAUGGUGUUCUCUGGGUGUUGAGAGGUGUAGCGUUUUCCUUGAUGGCCAAAAAGCUCAAUUCAUCUGACCAGAGUACCUUUUUCCAUAUGUUUGGGGAGUCUCCCACAUGCCUUUUGGCGAACACCAAACAUGUUUGCUUAUUUUUUCUUUAAGCAAUGGCUUUUUUCUGGCCACUCUUCCAUAAAGCUCAGCUCUGUGGAGUGUACGGCUUAAAGUGGUCCUAUGGACAGAUACUCCAAUCUCCGCUGUGGAGCUUUGCAGCUCCUUCAGGGUUAUCUUUGGUCUCUUUGUUGCCUCUCUGAUUAAUGCCCUCCUUGCCUGGUCCGUGAGUUUUGGUGGGCGGCCCUCUCUUGGCAGGUUUGUUGUGGUGCCAUAUUCUUUCAAUUUUUUAAUAAUGGAUUUAAUGGUGCUCCGUGGGAUGUUCAAAGUUUCAGAUAUUUUUUUAUAACCCAACCCUGAUCUGUACUUCUCCACAACUUUGUCCCUGACCUGUUUGGAGAGCUCCUUGGUCUUCAUGGUGCCGCUUGCUUGGUGGUGCCCCUUGCUUAGUGGUGUUGCAGACUCUGGGGCCUUUCAGAACAGGUGUAUAUAUACUGAGAUCAUGUGACAGAUCAUGUGACACUUAGAUUGCACACAGGUGGACUUUAUUGAACUAAUUAUGUGACUUCUGAAGGUAAUUUGUUGCACCAGAUCUUAUUUAGGGGCUUCAUAGCAAAGGGCGUGAAUAGAUAUGCACGCACCACUUUUCCAUUAUUUAUUUUUUAGAAUAUUUUGAAACAUUUUAUUUUUUUCAUUUCACUUCACUAAUUUGGACUAUUUUGUGUAUAUCCAUUACAUGAAAUCCAAAUAAAUAUCAAUUUAAGUUACAGGUUGUUAUGCAACAAAAUAGGAAAAACGCCAAGGGGGAUGAAUACUUUUGCAAGGCACUGUAUGCAGCAUUUACCGUGAAUGCAAUCUCUGCGACCACGGGAACAUUGCCAUUACAUUUCAAUCACGCUGUGAUCUAAACUUCCGUGAUGUGGAUUGAAUAGAGCCCUAAGUAAGGUGAUGGGGAGACAACCAGAUAGUAUGAUCAUGACUUUAAGGGAUAAUCUCUGUCUUUUGAAACCUACAGUACGAUGGAUUGAGCAUGUUUCUGUUCUGUUAUAUUCCCACAGGUAAACGUCCCCACGAGUGCCAGAUCUGCAAGAAGGCCUUCAAGCACAAGCACCAUCUGAUGGAGCACAGUCGGCUGCACUCUGGAGAGAAGCCCUACCAGUGUGACAAGUGUGGCAAGCGAUUCUCCCACUCUGGCUCCUACUCCCAACACAUGAACCAUCGAUACGCCUACUGUAGCAGGGACCAGGAACAGGAGGGGGUCGAGGAGCCUCCUCUAACCCCAGGAGGGUCCACCGAUCUGGGCCAUGUUGCCAGGGGCACCCCCCUCUCCAUGGAGGACACCCCAAUGUUUCUCAGUGAUGCCAGUCUGGACGGGGGGAUAGGAGGGAGAGCAGAUGAAGAGGAGGAGGAAGAGGAGGACGAGACAGACGAGACUAAAGGUGGCCAUAUGAAGGAGGCGUGUAGUUUGUCAGGAUCAGGGUCUGGUGAAGGGUUGGGGUUGGAGCUGUGCUCUAGCCUUGUGGGGAAUGAGAGAGACAGAGAGCAGGUCGACAGAGACAAUGGAGAGGGAGAAAGUUCUGGUCUAGAGACUUACAGACUAGAGAACAACCAUCACUGGGACAGAGACGUGUUGGAACAAAAUGGAGACCAGAACACAUACAUAUACGAGCUGAGCCCAGAAGCUCCACUGUCACAAUGA